GUUUCCGGGCUCCUUGGGACUCUCGCGGCGGCCACCACCAGCGAGUCGGAGGCGGCGGCGGCCGAGGCCGCGGGGUUGCACGGGGCGAGCUCGAGAGGCCCGAGCCGCGGCGCUGAGGGGGAAUUCUCUGUUUCGUUUCGCCAAGGGGCCGGGCGAGCCGGUGGCAGCGCGGCGAGAUGAAUUUCCUACGCGGGGUUAUGGGGGGGCAGAGUGCCGGACCUCAGCACACCGAAGCCGAGACGAUUCAAAAGCUUUGUGACAGAGUAGCUUCGUCCACUUUGCUGGAUGAUAGAAGGAAUGCUGUGCGUGCUCUUAAGUCACUGUCUAAGAAAUACCGCUUGGAAGUGGGUAUUCAAGCUAUGGAACAUCUUAUCCAUGUCUUACAAACAGAUCGUGCCGAUUCUGAAAUAAUAGGUUAUGCUUUGGAUACAUUAUAUAAUAUAAUAUCUAAUGAAGAAGAAGAAGAAGUAGAAAGGAAAGACAGGGCCGGGGAGCUAGCUCAGAGAGCUGAAGAAAAUUCCACAAGACAGAAUGAGGAUUUAGGAAGCCAGUUCACAGAAAUUUUCAUUAAGCUGCCAGAAAAUGUCACGCUCCUGUUAUCUCUGUUGGAGGAAUUUGAUUUCCAUGUCCGCUGGCCUGCUGUGAAGCUUCUUACUUCUCUUUUGAAACAGCUGGGACCUCAAGUCCAGCAGAUUAUUUUGGUCAGUCCUAUGGGUGUUUCAAGACUGAUGGACUUAUUAGCAGAUUCCAGGGAAGUUAUACGUAAUGAUGGUGUCUUGCUACUGCAGGCACUAACGAGAAGCAAUGGAGCAAUCCAGAAAAUUGUGGCUUUUGAAAAUGCUUUUGAGAGACUACUGGACAUUAUCACCGAGGAGGGGAACAGUGACGGAGGUAUAGUAGUAGAAGAUUGUCUGAUUUUGCUCCAAAACUUAUUAAAAAAUAACAAUUCCAAUCAAAAUUUUUUUAAAGAAGGCUCAUAUAUUCAACGCAUGAAGCCUUGGUUUGAAGUUGGAGAUGAAAAUUCUGGCUGGUCUGCUCAGAAAGUCACUAAUCUGCACUUAAUGCUACAGCUUGUUCGUGUCCUAGUGUCUCCUACCAACCCUCCAGGUGCCACCAGCAGCUGCCAGAAAACCAUGUUCCAGUGUGGCUUACUGCAGCAGCUUUGCACUAUCCUGAUGGCCACUGGAGUUCCUGCUGAUAUUCUGACUGAGACCAUUAAUACUGUAUCAGAAGUUAUUCGAGGUUGCCAAAUGAAUCAAGACUAUUUUGCUUCUGUAAAUGCCCCUUCAAAUCCACCAAGACCAGCGAUUGUCGUGCUUCUCAUGUCCAUGGUCAACGAACGGCAGCCGUUUGUAUUGCGCUGUGCAGUGCUCUAUUGCUUCCAGUGUUUUCUAUAUAAAAAUCAGAAAGGACAAGGAGAGAUCGUGGCAACGCUGCUACCCUCCACCAUUGAUGCAACAGGUAAUUCGGUCUCAGCUGGUCAGUUACUGUGCGGAGGUUUGUUUUCAACUGAUUCCCUUUCCAACUGGUGUGCUGCCGUUGCCCUGGCUCACGCUUUGCAAGAAAACGCCACGCAGAAGGAGCAGCUGCUCAGGGUUCAGCUGGCCACGAGCAUCGGCAACCCCCCGGUGUCCUUGCUACAGCAGUGCACCAACAUCCUUUCCCAGGGUGAUAAGAUCGACAGACGGGGAAGCAAAAUACAAACAAGAGUUGGAUUAUUAAUGUUGCUUUGUACCUGGCUGAGUAACUGUCCCAUUGCGGUAACACAUUUUCUUCACAAUUCAGCCAAUGUCCCAUUUCUGACAGGACAGAUUGCAGAAAAUCUUGGAGAAGAAGAGCAGUUGGUUCAAGGCUUAUGUGCCCUUCUGUUGGGCAUUUCUAUUUACUUCAAUGAUAACUCUCUUGAGAACUACAUGAAGGAGAAGCUAAAACAACUAAUAGAGAAAAGAAUUGGCAAAGAGAAUUUCAUAGAGAAACUAGGAUUCAUUAGCAAACAUGAGUUAUAUUCUAGAGCAUCUCAGAAACCACAGCCGAACUUUCCCACUCCAGAAUACAUGGUAUUCGAUCACGAGUUUACGAAGCUGGUAAAAGAACUUGAAGGUGUGAUAACGAAAGCUAUUUAUAAGUCCAGUGAGGAAGAUCAGAAGGAAGAAGAGGUGAAGAAAACUCUGGAACAGCAUGACAGCAUUGUGUCUCACUACAAGAAUAUGAUUCGAGAGCAGGAUCUGCAACUUGAGGAGUUGAAGCAGCAGAUUUCCACAUUAAAAAGUCAGAAUGAGCACCUUGAAACCACGGUCACACAGCAGGUGUCUCAGAUUCAGCAGCACAGGGACCAGUAUAAUCUCCUUAAAGUCCAGCUGGGAAAAGACAAUCAACACCAAGGUUCACACAAUGAUGGGUCCCAGAUGAAUGGCAUUCAGCUACAGGAAAUUCCUGGGUUAUUAGAAGAGAUAGAAGAAUUAAAGAGAAACCAGGAACAUUUACAAAGCCAGCUGGCUGAAAAGGACGCUUUAAUCGAACGGUUGAAAUCUUUGCAAACAUCACCAGACACGAAUGAACAGUCUGUAGUGGCAGCGUCACUCAGAGAUGCUGAAGAGAUUGCAGAACUGAAACAGGAACUGUCAGUGUUAAAGUCUCAGUUAAAUUCACAGUCUGCGGAGAUCACCAAGCUGCAGACUGAAAAGCAAGAGCUGUUAAAGAAAACAGAAGCUUUGGAAAAAUCAGCUCCUAUACCAGUAGAGAAUGAAUCUGUAAUAGCCACAAAAACUACUGAUGUAGAAGGAAGACUGUCGGCAUUAUUACAGGAGACUAAAGAAUUAAAGAAUGAAAUUCGUGUUCUGUCUGAGGAAAGAGCUGCGAUUAAAAAACAGCUGGAUUCAUCAAACAGCACCAUUGCCGUUUUACAAAAUGAAAAAAACAAGUUAGAGGUGGACAUGAUAGAUUCCAAGAAAGAACAAGAUGACCUCUUGGUGCUGUUGGCUGAUCAGGAUCAGAAAAUAUUUUCAUUAAAGACAAAACUAAAGGACUUUGGUCAUCCAGUUGAAGAUGAAGAUGAACUUUUGAGUGGAGAGCAAGAUGAAGAGAAUGACGAAUUUGAAGAUGAUGACAAGAAUCAAGAUAUCUAGCUCUAAGAUCUCUCUCUAGGAAUGAUAGCAAUUGUACUGUUAUUUUGAAGACCGAGUUUUAAGGCGUGCUCUGAUUUGCCUCCACAGAAAAUAAAAAUGUGGAAAACAUUCUCUAAUAAGACUAUUAACAUAUUUUUAAAAUAAUGCCACCUAUGUAACUACGCAGGACACGCGUCUUUUAUUUAAAUUAAACUGUCCCGAAACAAUCUGCAAAGAGCUUCAAACACCAAAAUGAUAGCAUUUCAGGCUGUGUUGGCACUGCUAUUUGCCUUAUUAGUUCAUUGGUUGUUUACGUCAGUCUGUUUGUGUCUAUUCCACUUUCCAGAAUUUGUGACUUUAAGUACUAACACAUUUAGUUUAUGUGUAUUGGAAUCAUUGCUUCUGAAUUCAGUGUUGGGAUUCUUAGUUAAUGAUUUUCUUCAGGGCAAGAGGACUGGAGGGAUGCUGUCUCCCCAGCCCCAUGUUCCAGGACAGGACACUCCUAGCGAGUGCCUGACGCCUGUUGGUUGCUGCAUUCUGUGCCCCAGGAAAAAGACAAGGACUCACAUGGGGAUCUGGAGAAUGUUUCCGAGAACAUGGGCAGCGGUGUAUUAGCGCGUGGUUGAUUUCUAUUUUUUUUCAAGCUAAACAUCUAAAAUUAGAAGCUCAAUAGCUCGUACCACUCAAACUUUACUAUUAUUUGAUUAUCAGAAAACAUUAUGUUCCUAGUUUCAAGCAGACCCAGGCUAUGAUUUAUAUAAUUUAUUGGCAUUUUUUGCUAAAUAAGUUUAAGUCAGAUAAUAGAUUUUUAAAAAGCAAAUGAAACGAUGUGUCAAAAUUUAAUGUUUUCAUAAUAAAAAAAAAUAGAUGUUAUGUUCAUGUAA